AUGUCGAAGCUUUUCAACCCGCUUCGGAUCGGUAGCAAAAUGCUCAACCAAAGGAUUGCUAUGGCACCUAUGACUCGACUUCGUGCCGACCAGUCGCAUCUUCCCCUGCCCUCCGUGAAAGAAUACUACGAGCAGCGUUCUAGUGUUCCCGGGUCCCUCAUUGUCACCGAAGCCACCAUAAUCAGUCCUCGACAUGGAGGUUAUGCCAACGUUCCUGGCAUCUAUAAUGAUCAGCAAGUCGCUGCAUGGAGAGCAGUUACAGAUGCUGUCCACGAGAAGGGGUCCCAUAUAUACCUUCAGCUCUGGGCCCUGGGGCGAGCCGCAAAUCCUGGGCUUUUGAGUCAGGCGGGGUACCCUCUACUCUCGGCGAGUGACGUUCCAAUGAAGAGCGCGUUCAGCGAUGAAAUCCACCAACCCCGCCCAAUGACAGAGACAGAGAUCCAGGACGCGAUCACGGAUUUCCGGAUCGCAGCCAAGAAUGCUAUGAUGGCUGGAUUUGACGGCGUCGAGAUUCAUGGAGCCAAUGGAUAUCUUGUCGAUCAGUUCCUUCAAGAUGUUUCCAACCAGCGAACAGACAAGUGGGGUGGAGAUAUCGCGAACCGAUCUAGAUUCGCCGUUGAAGUCACGAGAGCCGUUGUUGCCGAAAUUGGUAACCAGCGCACUGCUAUCCGGUUGAGUCCGUGGAGCAGAUACCAAGGCAUGCGCAUGGCAGAUCCCAUUCCGCAAUUCUCUAACUUGGUCAGUCAAUUGGCUCAAUUUAAGUUGGCCUAUUUACACGCUUGCGAGUCAGAUUCGAAAGACGUGAAUGAUGGAGACUUGAACUGGCUCUUGGAGGCAUAUGGCAAUAGUAGUCCUGUUUUAGUGGCUGGCAACUACAACGGAGACACAGCCCAGACAGCGGUUGAUACGACUUACGCCAAUCAUGAUGUAGUCGUUGCUUUUGGUCGCCCAUACAUUGGAAACCCCGACCUACCCUUCAAGGUGAAGCAGGGUCUGCCCUUCGCAGGAUUUGAUCCGACAACUAUGUAUGGACAGGGAACUGGUGGCUACAUUGAUUAUCCGUUCAGCAAUGAGUUUGCAUCUAUCUCGGUGAAGGCUUAA